CCCAUUGGUUGUCCCACUGUCGUUUCAUUGAAACGGGGAGGAGCGGGGAGGAGUUUUCACUCAAAGUUUCCAGGCAUCAUUCACAACUGAGCGGUUUUUGAAAAGAACAAUGGAUCACAAACCGUCCUUCGCGUUCCAGGCUGGUACAUCAGACCUGCAGCUGAUGGCCAGCACAGAAGCUGGCAAAAUCUCCAAAGACAAUCUGAAGAGGGCAGCCUGGAGCCUCACCUCCGACACCAGGGAGGUGGCUGAGGCACUAGCUGUGUCAAGAGUCACAGCGCUGGGGGGCAACCCGGUGGACCGCCGGCAGCUCCUCAGCCAGACCGAGCUCCAGUUUGGUCAGUACCGGGGCCAGACUCUCCAGUGGUUGCUGUCAAAUGACGUUGGCUACACGGCAACCAUUCUGGCAGUCCAUCAGGGAGAGCGUGAGGGGGGGGAUGUCAGCAGCACCCCCCUCAUGUGGAACAAAGAUGCUCUGCUGGAGUACGCCAGCCUCUUCGCCCUAGUGAUGGCAGCCGUGAGCAGGAAGAGAGCACCGCGCACGCCUGCAGAGCACGAGCAGCUGGUGGGCUUUGGGACCUGGUCAGCCAUGACGUACAGGGACCUGUACGACACUGCGGAGAGGGAGCCAAGCAUGUACAGGAAGUGGCUCAGGAGGCAGCCCGUCAGGAGGCCCGGGUCCCAACUGGGGCAGUUGAAGGACUACAUACACAGAAGGGACAAGGAGAAGCAGCCUGUCGCCUCCUCAGCUGCAUCAGCAGCCGCCACCUCCUCAGCUGCAUCAGCAGCCACCACCUCCUCAGCUGCAUCAGCAGCCGCCACCUCCUCAGCUGCAUCAGCAGCCGCCACCUCCUCAGCUGUCUCCCCCUCCACUACAUCUCCCCCAAUACAGUGGAGGAAGAGAAAGCCAGUGCUCCUGUCUUCCUCCGAGGACGAAGACGGCCAUCUGAUGGUGGAGGCAGCGGCUCACGUGGAGGCUGCUUUAGCAUCUGCUCCACCUCUUCCACUCAGACCCCCGUCUCAGGCCAUGUGCUCCUCCUGUGGUCUGAGAAAGAUAAAGGAGACCGGGCACAGAAACCUGGUGAAGGCGAGCGGGGACAGAGUCAGCUACUGCCCUGUUCUGGCUCAAUGGAAGAGCCCUGAGGAGUGGCUGGACUCCCUCCAAUGACACUGGACACAAUAACAUGCUGUA